GUGAAGAAAAAUACUACGGCAGAAAUCUGGUCAUUUUCUACGGCUAUAUUCUUCGCCGUCACCGUUGUGACAACUAUCGGAAUACCAAAAUUUACCUACUCAUGGUUAACAGAAUUGAUCAUUUUCACUUCCAGGGGAAAAUUCCUCUCGGAGCACCUCGUCUGGAUGUACGGCAACUACUUGAAGUUGAAGCAUUUUCUGUGCAUACGACGACGAGGCGGACGGAAGGAACGUCGAGAACAUGUAUGCGAGCACUGCCAACGGCACGGAAUCGGCCACGAUAUGCAUGUUAUCGAAGAACAACGGAUUCCUGCACUUUUGGUGUUGGCUAUUCUAGUGUUAUAUACUGCACUGGGCGGUGUUUUAAUGUCAAAACUGGAGCCAUGGACGUUUUUCACUUCAUUCUACUGGUCAUUCAUUACAAUGACAACUGUCGGGUUUGGUGAUUUAAUGCCACGUCGUGACGAGUAUAUGUAUAUCAUUUUGUUAUAUAUUAUUUUAGGACUUGCUAUUACGACCAUGUGUAUCGAUUUGGUUGGCGUUCAAUAUAUCCGAAAAAUUCACUAUUUCGGACGAAAAAUACAAGACGCUCGGUCAGCGCUGGCCGUUGUUGGUGGAAAGGUUGUUUUGGUGUCCGAACUGUAUGCGAAUUUGAUGCAGAAACGUGCACGAAAUCUUUCAAAAGAGGCUUUUAUCAUAGAAAAUUUGUAUAUAUCCAAGCAUAUUAUCCCUUAUAUUCCAAGCGAUAUUCGCUUGAUAAGGUAUAUUGACCAACAAGCCGAAGGGUCAUUAUCAACGUCAUCCUCGUCUCUCGAUUUGCACAGCUGUCGAUUCUGCCAUUCGCGAUUCAGCUUCAAUCGGCAAAACCGACCUUCCGCAGACCAUCAAUAG